CCUCUCCCCUCUCCCCUCUCCAUUCUCAUCUCCAGCGCUCAUCUCAAUAUACUAGAUUACCAUCGUUUGCGUCGUCUUCACUCCUCACUUCCUCUUAGAAUAAUAGAACCAAACAAAGACACUAAUCUCCACCUCGGCUCUUCCUUGAUUGAAAACUUUGAAAUGUCUGGAAAUAUCUUCUCUAAAUUGUCUUUUCUAGUUGCCCAUUAACCUCUCCUUCUCGUCCGUCCGUCCGUUUUUUUAUUUAUUUUUAUUUAAACCAAAGUUAAUCGCUCGGGUGUAAGAGUUGAAACGGCGCUUCUACUUUUCAUACAAAUCGUUGGCUAAGCAGAGGACGGAUGUAUGUUUUUUUCUAGAUAGAGUUGCAUUCACGUGUAUGGUAUCUGUUUCGUAUCGUGAGAUGAUUUUCCAGGUGUCGAGCUUCUCUUUUUCGAUCAAGUAAUAAAUACUCGCUCCGAAGAAGAGUACUCUUACUUAUCAAAAGAAGAAGAAGAAGAAGAAGAAGAGUACUCUGCUCCAUGAACUGCGCUUGAACAACUUGGUGGUUUCGGAAAAGCAGUUUCCUGAGUUGGCAUGGCAACCACAACAAAAACCGAAGGUUCUGUUCCUGGAACUGCAAAAGUUCCUGCGGAGGCACAUCCCUUGGCAGAAGAAUCAUCAAAGAUUGCGUCUAAUAUUAGUUAUCAUGCAUGUUAUAGUCCUCACUUUUCUCCUUUCAAGUUUGACAGAGAGCAAGCCUACUAUGCAACAGCAGAGAGCGUCCGAGAUCGCCUGAUACAGCAAUGGAACGAGACUUACUUACAUUUUCAUAAAGUUGAUCCAAAGCAAACUUACUACCUGUCGAUGGAAUAUCUUCAAGGACGAGCUUUGACCAAUGCAAUUGGAAACUUGAACAUCCAAAACGCAUAUGCUGAGGCCUUGGUUAAGUUGGGUCAUGAGAUGGAGAACAUAGCUGAACAGGAGAAAGAUGCAGCCCUUGGGAAUGGUGGUCUGGGAAGGCUUGCAUCAUGCUUUUUGGACUCGAUGGCAACUUUGAACUUGCCUGCUUGGGGUUAUGGUUUACGGUACAGAUAUGGACUGUUCAAGCAGAGAAUUACCAAGGAGGGUCAAGAAGAAACUGCUGAAGAUUGGCUUGAGAAGUUCAGUCCCUGGGAAAUUGUCCGGCAUGAUGUCAUGUUUCCUAUUAGAUUUUUUGGUCAGGUUGAGGUCUCUCCUAGUGGAUCUCGAAAGUGGGUUGAAGGAGAAAUUAUCCAAGCAUUGGCCUAUGAUGUGCCCAUUCCUGGAUACAAGACCAAGAACACUAUUAGUCUUCGUCUUUGGGAUGCAAAAGCUGGAGCAGAAGAUUUUAACUUAUUUCAGUUUAAUGAUGGACAGUAUGAGUCUGCUGCACAGUUUCAUUCUAGAGCUCAGCAGAUUUGUGCAGUUCUAUAUCCUGGAGAUACUACAGAAAAUGGAAAGCUUUUACGACUGAAGCAACAAUAUUUCCUUUGCAGUGCCUCACUUCAGGACAUCAUUUUCAGAUUUAAGGAGAGAAGGGAGGGAAAGAGAGCAUGGAAGUGGUCUGAAUUCCCUAACAAGGUUGCAGUACAACUAAAUGAUACACAUCCUACUCUUGCAAUUCCAGAAUUGAUGAGAAUACUAAUGGAUAAUGAAGGACUUGGCUGGAAUGAAGCUUGGGAUAUCACAAAAAGAACCAUUGCUUAUACUAAUCACACAGUCCUCCCAGAAGCACUGGAGAAAUGGUCACAAUCUGUAAUGCAGAAGCUUCUACCACGUCACAUGGAGAUAAUAGAAGAAAUUGAUAAGAGGUUUAUGGCCAUGAUACGCUCCACUCGAAUGGACCUUGAGAGUAAGCUCCCUAAUAUGUGCAUCUUGGAUAAUAAUCCCCAAAAGCCAGUUGUGCGGAUGGCAAAUUUGUGUGUGGUAUCUUCACAUACGGUAAAUGGUGUGGCUCAGUUACACAGUGAUAUCUUAAAGGCAGAGUUGUUUGCAGAUUAUGUUUCUAUAUGGCCCACGAAAUUCCAGAAUAAAACCAAUGGGAUCACUCCUCGCCGAUGGCUCCGUUUUUGCAGCCCUGAGCUUAGUAGUAUAAUCACCAAAUGGUUAAAGACUGAUCGAUGGAUUACUGACCUUGACCUCCUUUCCAAUCUUCGUCAAUUUGCAGACAAUGAAGAAUUGCAUGCUGAAUGGGCAUCUGCCAAAAUGGCUAACAAGCGUCUUUUGGCUCAAUAUGUAUUGCAAGUAACAGGUGUAUCUAUUGACCCCAAUAGCCUCUUUGAUAUACAAGUUAAGCGCAUCCAUGAAUAUAAGAGACAGCUGCUGAACAUUCUGGGUGCAGUAUAUAGAUACAAGAAGCUAAAGGAGAUGAAUGCUGAAGAACGGAAAAAGACAACAGCAAGAACCAUCAUGUUUGGAGGAAAAGCAUUUGCGACAUAUACAAAUGCUAAGAGAAUAGUCAAACUGGUGAAUGAUGUGGGGGCUGUUGUCAACAAUGACCCGGACGUCAACAAAUACUUGAAGGUUGUUUUUGUUCCAAAUUACAAUGUAUCUGUAGCUGAAAUGCUCAUCCCAGGAAGUGAGUUGUCACAGCACAUCAGUACAGCGGGCAUGGAGGCAAGUGGUACAAGCAACAUGAAAUUCUCACUCAAUGGUUGCAUCAUAAUUGGAACAUUAGAUGGGGCUAAUGUUGAAAUCAGGGAGGAGAUUGGUGAGGAGAAUUUCUUCCUUUUUGGUGCAAAAGCAAAUGAAGUUCCAAGGCUACGCAAGGAGAGAGAAAAUGGACUGUUCAAACCAGAUCCACGGUUUGAAGAGGCCAAACAAUUUAUAAGAAGUGGUGCAUUUGGAAGUUAUGAUUAUAAUCUACUCCUUGAAUCCUUGGAGGGCAACUCUGGCUAUGGGCGUGGUGAUUAUUUUCUGGUUGGUCAAGACUUCCCAAGUUAUAUGGAUGCUCAAGCACGAGUUGAUGAAGCUUACAAGAAUAGGAAAAGGUGGCUCAAAAUGUCCAUAUUGAGCACCGCUGGGAGUGGCAAGUUUAGCAGUGACAGGACAAUAAUGCAGUAUGCCAAGGAAAUCUGGAAUAUCGAAGCGUGCCCUGUUCCAUAGUUCUGAGUACAAUAGCACAUUAGUACCCAAAAAAAAAAAGAGUACAAUAGCACCUUAACUACCAUGUUAUAAAUAAAAUUAACGUUGUGAUGUUAUAAACAAAAUGUCCUUUGUUGAAAAUGCUUAUGGGACUUCAAACUGCCUCAAAGUUCAGUAUGGUAUUCCUCAA